CCAGGACGCUCCGAGACUCGCUGGGACUGCUGGAACGUUCUCAGGGGUCGCGGGUGUUCCCCGGGUACAGGCAACAUGGAGCGGAGGUGGGUCUUCGUGCUGCUGGACGUGCUGUGCGUGUUGGUCGGCAUGAACAAAGGCCAAGUGUUUUGCUCAGGGGCGCAGGAGACAGUGGCCCCCAUUCUACACCGAGGGGCUAGACGGGGUGUAGUCAGCCUUCCUCCUGCAUUGGACUUCCUGCAUCUCCCUCCCACCUUCCAUUUACUGCACCUGGUGACAGCAGCGAGGCUCUACUGACCUACAGUCUUGGCCUCUCUGCCCUUUGCCAUCCUGACCCUGGUGAACUCACCCUACAAACGAGGAUUCUACUGCACAGACGACUCCAUCCAGUACCCCUACCGUCCAGACACCAUCACCCAUGGACUCAUGGCCGGGAUCACCAUCACGGCCACUGUCAUCCUUGUCACAGCAGGGGAGGCCUACCUGGUGCAUACAGAGCGCCUCUAUUCACGCUCCGACUUCAACAAUUAUGUGGCUGCUGUCUACAAGGUGCUGGGGACCUUCCUGUUUGGGGCGGCUGUGAGCCAGUCCCUGACCGACCUGGCUAAGUACAUGAUUGGCCGUUUGAGGCCCAGUUUCUUGGCUGUCUGUGACCCCGACUGGAGCCGGGUCAACUGCUCUGGCUAUGUGCAGCUGGAAGUUUGCCGGGGCAGCCCAGCCAACGUCACUGAGGCCAGGCUGUCUUUCUAUUCCGGACACUCCUCCUUUGGCAUGUACUGCAUGCUGUUCCUGGCGCUGUAUGUGCAGGCGAGGCUCCGCUGGAAGUGGGCACGGCUGCUGCGGCCCACGGUUCAGUUCUUCCUGGUGGCCUUUGCGCUCUACGUGGGCUAUACCCGCGUGUCGGACCACAAGCACCACUGGAGUGAUGUCCUCGUGGGCCUGCUGCAGGGAGCGCUGGUGGCCAGCCUUACGGUCCGUUAUGUCUCAGAUUUCUUCAAAUCCCGGCCGCCCAUGCCCUGCCAGGAGGAUGAGAAACCGGAGCGCAAGCCCAGCCUGUCGCUGACGCUGACCCUCGGUGAGGCCGACCGCAGCCACUAUGGGUACCCAGUCUCCUCCUGAUCCGGAAGCCAGAGGGCCGCCUGUGGGCCCUGUGUAGCCCCCUGAUGCCUGGUCAGGUCGUACUGGCCCUGGAACUGCCUCACGAUCCCCACUGACCACGGUGAAUCAGGGUCUUGAGUGCUGUCCAACGCGAGUGUGAGCAGGGCAUUCCUUAUAGCUUGAGUGCCCGGAGGGCCAUGUGCAUAGCGUUUCUCAAAGAUGCUAAGUGCAGGUUCACAGCCUGUCCCAGAGUCUCAGCCUUGCCCUGAGGAACUCUCACCCCCAAGGGUUUCCAUGUAGGGCCAACCUAGGAAUGGGUUAAUCUGGCUUAGCAUCCUUCCAGAUAGCCCUAUAGGUAAUGGACCCUGUGUCUGCCCAGGGAAGUUGGCUUUGGCCUUGGGGAGACAGCUGGGCUUAGAGGCUACUCUACUCAGCUGGGUACCCUGGUCUGCUCUGAAGCUGAGGUUGGCUUGACACACAUGGACUUGGAUCAGAGUCCUGUUCCCUGCCGCAUGGACGCUUCUUCCCCAGGGUGCCAGGCUGCCCACCAUGCUUCAUGAAGAUCCACAUGCUCAGUUCUGUUCAGGGGCAGGGACCUGCCCCACUCUGCCACAUGGACUAAACACUUGGCUGGGCUUUGAAAGUGGGUCCUGGGACUGGCUUCCCCCCCUCAGUCUAUUAGAACACUAAACGUUACUUUUUCAGUGGGAGGGUGAGCCAUAAACUUUUUACCAAAUGUC